AUUAAAAAGUCAAAGAAACAGAAAACGAUAAACAGACGAACAAACAUAAGCCAGCGACUGCAUUUUGAAGAUAAAAAUGGAGAUUGAAAAGCUAAGAGAGGCAAUAGAGAAGAUAGACUUAAUCGACGGUCAUGCUCACAACAUUGUCGCGAUUGAUUCUUCUUUUCCUUUCAUUAAUGGCUUCUCUGAAGCUGCCGGUGAUGCCUUGUCCUUCGUUAAUUACUCUCUCUCUUUCAAGAGGAACUUGAGGGAAAUUGCCGAAUUAUAUGGCUGUGAGAAUACAUUGCAAGCUGUUGAAGAUCAUCGUAGAUCUUCUGGCUUGGAAUCCAUUAGCACGAAAUGCUUUGAAGCUGCAAAAAUUUCUGCAAUUCUUAUUGAUGAUGGAUUAAAGUUGGACAAGAUGCAUGAUGUGGAGUGGCAUAAGUGUCUUGCUCCAUUUGUUGGUCGAGUACUUAGAAUUGAGCACCUGGCCGAGGAGAUUCUAGAUAAAGGGACAGCAGAUGGAUCAACUUGGACGUUGGAUAAGUUCACCAAAACUUUUAUUAAGAACUUGAAGUCAGUUGGUAAUAAUAUAUUUGCCUUGAAAAGUAUAGCUGCAUACCGCAGUGGUCUAGAAAUAAGUACAAAUGUCACUAGAAAAGAUGCUGAGGAAGGUCUUGCUGAAAUUUUACAUGCUGGCAAGCCUGUUCACAUAGCAAAUAAAAGCUUUAUCGACUAUAUUUUCACGCACAGUUUGAAGGUUGCAGUAGAGUUUGACUUGCCAAUGCAGAUACACACAGGUUUUGGAGACAAAGAUUUGGAUCUACGCUUAUCCAAUCCCCUUCACCUCCGAAUGGUUCUUGAGGAUGACAGAUUUUCUAAGUGUUGUAUUGUUCUUUUACAUGCAUCAUAUCCAUUUUCAAAGGAAGCAUCAUACUUAGCCUCUGUUUAUCCACAGGUGUACCUUGACUUUGGUUUAGCAGUUCCUAAACUUAGUAUCCAUGGGAUGAUAUCUUCACUCAAAGAACUUUUAGAGCUAGCUCCAAUAAAUAAGGUUAUGUUCAGCACUGAUGGCUAUGCAUUUCCUGAAACCUACUACUUAGGCGCAAAGAAAACACGUGAAAUUAUUUUUGCUGUGCUACGUGAUGCUUGCUAUGAUGGUGACUUUACAGUUUCUGAAGCCAUUGAAGCAGCCAAAUACAUCUUGGCACAAAAUGCAAUUAAAUUAUACAAGAUUGAUAUGGGGACGAAAGCAUUUAUUACAAAGGAUUUUGUAUCUGCCAAGUCUGUAAACAUUGAGAAUAGUGCUCUAGACAAUGGUGUUUCAUUUGUUCGUGUCAUCUGGGUUGAUACAUCUGGACAACACAGAUGUCGUGUUGUUCCAAUAAAGCGCUUCAAUGAUGUCGUGAAGACAAAUGGUCUCGGUUUGACUUUAGUGAGUAUGGGAAUGACUUCAGCUGUUGAUGGUCCAGCAAAUGAGACGAAUCUGACUGGAGUGGGUGAGAUAAGACUGAUCCCUGAUUUAUCAACCCAAAGGAGAAUCCCAUGGAUGAAACAGGAGGAAAUGGUUUUGGCUGACAUGCAUAUUAAACCUUCUGAAGCGUGGGAGUAUUGCCCAAGGGAGGCCUUACGAAAGGUUUCUAACGUCUUAAAAGAUGAAUUUAACCUGGUGAUGAAUGCAGGAUUUGAAAAUGAGUUUGUACUCUUGCAGAGUGCAUCAAGGGAAGGGAAGGAAGAAUGGAUACCAAUUGAUUCAGCACCCUACUGCUCCACAGCAGGAUAUGAUGCUGCUGCUCCUAUAUUGCAUGAAAUUGUCGCUGCUCUUCACUCCUUAAACAUUACUGUGGAACAGUUGCAUAAGGAAGCUGGGAAAGGCCAGUUUGAAAUAGCCCUGGAGUACACAACUUGUACGAUCUCAGCUGAUAACCUGAUUUUUGCCCGUGAGGUUAUUAGGGCUAUUUCAAGGAAACAUGGAUUACUGGCGACUUUUGUGCCAAAGUAUGCGGUAGAGGACCUUGGUUCUGGAUCCCACGUCCAUAUCAGUUUGUCGCAGAAUGGAGAAAAUGUUUUCAUGGCAUCGGGUGGUUCUUCUAGGCAUGGAAUUUCAAUUAUUGGAGAGGAGUUUAUGGCAGGGGUUCUGCUUCAUCUUCCAUCAAUUAUGGCCAUCACAGCACCACUUCCAAAUAGUUAUGAUCGAAUACAACCCAACACAUUCAGUGGAGCAUAUCAGUGCUGGGGAAAAGAAAACAGAGAAGCUGCAAUAAGGACUUCUUGCCCUCCAGGGGUUUUGGAUGGUCUGGUUAGCAACUUUGAAUUUAGAUCUUUUGAUGGAUGUGCAAAUCCAUACUUGGGUUUGGCUGCUAUAGUUGCUGCUGGCAUUGAUGGCCUGAGGAGGCAUCUUUCGUUGCCUGAACCUGUUGAUGUAAAUCCCUCCCUCCUUGAUGCAAAACUACAACGGUUGCCCAAAUCACUUUCUGAAUCCUUAGAAGCUCUCAGGAAAGACAAAGUCUUGGAGGAUCUAUUGGGGGAAAAGCUUUUAAUUGCUAUAAAAGGAGUUCGCAAGGCGGAGAUCGACUACUACUCACAGAAUAAGGAGGCACACAAGCAAUUGAUACACCGCUAUUAAGUAUAUUACUCUUACUCUUGGCCUAAAGUUAAAAUUCUCAAUAAAUUCUUGAAGAGACUCUGCUCUAAAUUUCUGAUGUUAAAUGGAAUUAAUUUCUCCUAGCCAUUGAAGUUCAUCUGUAUUGUUUGAUGUUUUAAUAAAAAAAAAGAAAAUUUAUUUGUUUUUA